UCGAUCAAGUCAAGCCUUAUCCUAUUACAAUAUAAAACUUCGUAUUGUGAAGGACAUGACUAGUAAAAAUCAAGCAUGUACAAUUUCAAUUCAACAAUAAUCAUGUGAAAAUAACAAAAUCUCUAUAAAAGGAAAAGAAUCACACUUGUAAUUUGAGUAAAUCCCAUAUAAUUUUCCAGUUCCAUUUAUUGUGUUGUAAACUUCUUAUUGUGUUGAUUGUUUGAUAGAUUGGAAAUAUCUUAUCUACUUUAUAUUAUUGUGUAUUUUUUUUUUCCAAAGAGAGAGAGCAAAAGUUUCCCUAUUUCACCCAAAAAAAAAAAAAAAAAAUCUCUAUCCUAAACUAUAUACUUCGUAUUAUGUUAUAAUCAAAUUAAAUUUUUAUGGAAACAUAAGAUAAAUUCCUUAAUCAUUCCAUACGGUCAAUGAAUUAAUAAUUAACACUAUGUUAAUAUUAUAUACAAGGUCUAAGGUCUUAUCAUAUUCCAUAACGUAAUAAUUUUCAUUUUCCUAAUAUAUAUAAAAGCCCACCUCAUAUUACAAUUUUGCUCCAUGCAGAAUUAAUUAAGCCAAGCAAAUUUAGUUGUUUGAUUUCUCUCUCUUCUUUCUCUCUCAUCCCUUUUCUUUGUUGUUCUUCUUUCUUGCAUUUUCCAUGGAUUAUGAAACAGAAAAAUCUCAGCAAGAAUGUUAUAAUAUUCCCAAAAUUCGAGAUUUUUGGAAGAAAUAUAAAUCUCAUGCUUCAAAACGGUAUCACCAUGAUGAUGAUCAUCAUCAACACAAACAUCACAUUUCAUCCAAUAAUAAGAUCAAGCCAAAUGAUGACUUCAAAACAAAUCCUCAUGCUUUUGAUGAAGAGUUUUUUAAGGCCACCCAAGAUUGGCAGGUAAACCAUGAAAAAUUGCAAGAUGUUAACAACCAUUUUCACAAGGUCAACCAAAAUGGAAAUGGAGUGGAAGAGCUUAACAAAAUGAGUCAAAAACAUGGGCAUGAUAAUGAUAACUAUCAUAAUAGCUGUUUCAAAGCAUUUAUUUUAUUAAGUGUUGCCAAGAAAAAGAAAGGCCCAUCACAAGUUUCAUCUUUAGUUGAUCUUCCAAAAACCCAUAAUUCACAACGGUUUGAAAGGAAUUUGCCCAAAGGAAGUAUUUUCCACUCAAGUCCGUCAUUAGGAAGAUCAGGGAGUAUAAAUACAAGCAGAAAGGAACAAGGGACUAAAUCAUCCAACAUUUCAAGAGCACCUUCAACAAUAAGCAGGGCACCAUCAACAACUAGUAGGACAACCAGCAUUAACGGCAGGAAUGAAUCCACCAAUAGACCCACCAGCAUGGCUAGAUCCACAAGUGAUGUAGCAACCAAAGCGCGAAAAAUGAAUGUAAGUAGAAGUGGUCCUAUGAUCAUGUUCUCCAACUCGAGUGGUAUGUUGAAGCCGCCUGCUACUGAAAAACAGCUUGAGUGCACACUUGAGGAGUUAUAUCAUGGUUGUGUCAAGCACAUUAAGGUUUCUAGAGAUGUCUUCUCUAUCACCGGGCAGAUUGUCCAAGAAGACGAGGUUUUGACAGUAAACAUAAAGCCGGGAUGGAAGACAGGAACAAGAAUAACCUUCCAAGGAAUUAUCAAAGAGGAGCGUCAAGGAGAGUAUCCAGGAGACAUUAUCUUCGUCGUUACAGAGAAACACCACCCUUUGUUCAGGAGGAUGGACGACGAUUUAGAGCUUGAGAUAGAAAUUCCAAUGGUGGAUGCACUGACAGGGUGCAACUUAUACAUUCCUUUACUAGGGAAGGAUAAAAUGAGCAUGAGAAUUGAUGAGAUUAUUUACCCAGGUUAUGAGAAAACUUUUGUAGGUCAAGGUAUGCCUAACCAAAAGAACCCUCAUCAUAAGGGAAACUUGAAAGUCAAGUUCUUAGUAGCUUAUCCCAACAGCCUAACUGAUGAACAACGGUCCGAAAUUUUCAGAAUAUUGAGUAACUAGCUAGUGUUGGUUUCUCUCUACUGCUUUUCUUUCCUUUGUUUCGUAUAGAUUAGGGAGUGAGGUAAUGAUCUGAGGGAAUUCUGUACAUAGUUGGGAGAGUUUUCGAAACGUUUGGUUUAGGUUUUAUGCAUGCUGCUGAUUCAAAAUCGGAUUAUUUUAUUUAAAUGAAGAAACCAGAUUAUCUUUGUAGUGUAGCAGUUGUAUACUAAUCUUUUUUUUUUUAACAG